AAUGCGACGUCAUUCGAGCCGUCCACUGCUGUCGUGUGGCCGUCGCCUCCAACUAUCCUGCUCUCUCUCUCUCCCCCUCUCCCCUCUUUCUUUGUUUUCCCCGCCAUCACGUUGCCGAGAGAGGCGAGAUCGAAGUUCGGCAACGGUCCAGUCGGACUCGCUGCCUUCGUGGAAAAAGGAGGCGUCUCAAAGCCCAACUCUAUCUUCACCCUUCGCAGAGGCGCACCGCCUUUCUUAUUUUUCCUCGCUCUCUUCAGCUCCACUGAAAUUGCGUGUAGCGAAGCCCUCCGUGAUGGCGGCCCGCCCCGCAACGCCGGCGCCACGCAGAAGUCAGCAGCAGCGCACGCUAGAGUCGUUUCGCCUCUCCUCUUCCCUUACUUGCCCGGCUCGCUCCUCCACGCCACGCCACGCCGUCGCGUCGGCGGCGCAGACGGACAAGGUGGCUCGCGGAAAUGCAGGAGACAACAAAGACGUUGACGAUGACGACGACGAUGUGCCGUUGGCCGCAUUUCUGAUGGAGACGGAUGCGACAAGCGGCAGCGCAGACUACAGCACCCACAUGAGUUUGUGCCUGUCAUCGAGUGCAGGCAACGCCGCAGUGAGCAGCCAAUCACCAACGCACAACGCGAGCCUGCGGCGCAGCAACACGGCGUCGAAUGCGCAGACGGAUCGCGUAACAGAGGCCUCCUUGCACCCGCAAAUUUCACGCACGACGUUUCCACCCUCUUUGCCACCCUCUCCUCCGCUGCCGAGCUCAACUCGAAAGCCUUCGCCGCUGACGGCGAUGCUCCCCGACUCGCAUCAUCACCAUCGGCAGCAGCAGCCUCGACAGCAGCAACAGCUUACGCAGACGACUCUCGAUCUCGGCCAACGGGGCAGCGGCCACAUCGGCCAGCGGUGUCCGCAGUGCCAGAUGCUGUUUAACGCGAAUGCGGAAGACGCCGCAUUGCAUAAGCGUUACUGUCGUGCACAGCAGCGGCGUCAGCGGAGGCGGCGGACCGAGCGAGAAGCAGCGGGCGGUGACGGCGUAGUCGGCGGCACGCAGCACGCACCGGCAGAAACCGUUUUGGAAAGCGCACAGCGCACGAAGACGGUGGCGGCGGAGGUGCGAGCGGGCGAACGAGCGGUGGAUCUCUUGGAGGCUCUGCUAGGCGGAUCGGUCGGGGCUGCCCUUGGCCACGCGGAGCAGCACUCUGCCAGCACACGAGGCGUGAAGCUGGAGAGGAGGGCCGCGGGUGCGUCUCUUUCCAGAAAACGGAUGGACACGUCGCGGGCCGGUGCGAAACCCUCGCUGUCAUCUUCCGCCGCAGCGGUGGCGGCGUCAGCCAACGACGGCUCCUUCUCCUGCUUUCGUGCUCUGACGCUGUCUUCCUCCAACGCGUCUCCCUCCGUCCUUCUGCAUCCGAUUGAGGUCGUCGUGGUGCGCAGCAGCGGCACGCAACUCGAGGAGCACAGCGCGUGGCUGCUUGAGCUGCUGGAGCUGGUCGGCUUCACACGUCAUCUCUGGACACCGUCAUUCCUGGACGAAAUGAAAAGCGGUGCUGGCGAAGAGGUCCGGCGUGCAACAACGUUUGUUUUCGUGGUAGAUGUUGUGCUGCGGCAGCUGGUGAGCGCGGUAGCUGGGAGUGCGCAUCAGCGGGAGCAAGACCCCCAGUUGUGUGUACGGCAGCGAGCGGACGGAUCUACCACGUGCGGCACGCAGCGGUGUUUUACCUUCGGUGACGUGCUGGGCGUGUGGGCCGUGUCGCAGCGGGCGCUGUCGUACGCGCAGAAGGCGUGGGAGGCGGAGACGGCGGCUCUCUUCGCGUGUCAGCAGGACGCACUCCAGCGGUUUUUUAAGCCGCCACGAACGGCUGGGACGCCGACGCGCUCCGCAGAUGACCUCCAUUGCAGCAGUGGGAGCGGCGGCGACAACGCGGACGAAGGGAGUCGAAGCGAGAGGCAGCACCGCCAUCGCCAGCACGCUGUUGGCGUCGCCCUGCACGCCGUCGCACGUCAUUUAACCUACGGAACAGCACUGUGUCCCUUCACUCAGCUGUCCUACGCACUGUCCGCUCCUGUGCCGACGAGCUCGCGCGCCUGUGACGCCUCUUUGGCGGCGGACACGCGUUGGCGAGGCGCACACGGGGGUGCUACGGCUCUCGACGAGGCGGCGCGAGAGGGUGAUUGGCUUCUGGACUGUCUUCGCAGCACAGCAGCGGCGUUGUUGUUCAACGGCGCCGACACAAGCACGCCGCCUAAGCCCGUCAUCGUGGACAGCAGCAUCGACUGCACGCUUUACUUCCAUAACGACGGAGACGGUGCGGAGGGCGAAGAGGAGACAAUGGACGUGACGGGUGUAGGGGCAAAGGACAGAAAGCGGCGCCGCCGUCGCUGCCUCCUCUCCUCCGCUGAUGGAUACUCCGAUGGGAGCGGCGGUGACGUGGGUGACGAGCUCUCGGUGGUGUCCUACUCGUCCGAACCGUGA